GUUAGAUGGUGUCUUAGGACAACGAUCUUGUGUCUCUGAGACAGAAUCUGCCAUGAUGGUCACCCCAUCGUCCAAGGAGAAGGCACAGAAGCAACAGCAGGGUGAGAUGACCGCAGGGCCCAAGAACGAGAUCACCCCUGCCCCUGGUGAUGCCUGCGGGACCGGCAACCCCAGUCCCGGUGCCUCGGCCCCCUCAGUCUCCAGUGACCUGUCUCCAUUGGGUGGUGGCUCCCCACACGGUGUUCCUGGCUGCCUUGGGCGCCAUUUUGAGCACCGGAGAGGAUCUGGGGCUGCCCCCGCGAGCCAUGAGGGAGCAUGCCGACCUCUAGGGCAGCCGCGGUCCCCACGCAGAGCUGACGCGUGUGGUGCCCCAGACGGGCCAGGGUCCUCGGGCCAGGGUCUCCAGACCUCAUAUGCGUGUGGCGUGGCCACCAUGGGGCGAGCUACGUGGGGCUCUGGCCAGGCCGGGUCUCAGCCUAGCGGUCGCCGCCGUUCUCGGGUUUCUUCGUGGGGUCACGAAUCCCGGCCGGGUCCUGCCCUCCGGAGUCAGGCCAGAGCAGCAGGUCCAGCUCUCCGCAGUCAAGCAGCCAGGCCUGGCCCUGCAGUCUUCAAUGGUGAUGCCCCACCGCCAGGCCCCGCCGUCCGCAGCCAUGCUUCUGGGUUGGGCGCUGCUUUUUGCAGCCUUUCAUCUGCCCCAGGCCCUGCCCUGCGAGGUGGUGCUUCUGUGCCAGGCCGCGCUCUCCCGCGUCGUCAUUCAUCCACGCCAGGUCCUGCUUUCCGCCGCCGUGCAUCAGAGCCAGGCCCUGCAGCCCCAAGGCACCGCGCGCCCGCGACCGGGCCGGCUCCCCGCCGCCGCGCGUCCGCGACCGGGCCGGCUCCCCGCCGCCGCGCGCCCGCGACCGGGCCGGCUCCCCGCCGCCGCGCGUCCGCGACCGGACCGGCUCCCCGCCGCCGCGCGCCCGCGACCGGGCCGACUCCCCGCCGCCGCGCGUCCGCGACCGGACCGGCUCCCCGCCGCCGCGCGCCCGCGACCGGGCCGGCUCCCCGCCGCCGCUCGUCCGCGCGGGUUCCUGCUUACAGUCGCCGCACGUCCGCGCAGGUUCCUGCUCACAGCCGCCGUGUCUCCGCGCGGGGCCCUGCCCCAACCCCUGCUUCCCGUGGCCGUGCAUCUAGGCCAGGCCCUGCUCUCCGCAGCCCUGCAUCCGGGUCAGGCCCUGCCCUCCGAAGCAGAGCCAACCCGCGAGGCCCUGCCCUCCACAAUGGCUGUACACCUCCAGGCUACGUCCUCCGGAGCCACCCCACCCAGACGUCAUACCGUAGAAGCCGUCCCUCUCUGCCUGUGCCUACCGGCCCGAGUCCUUCUCCUGGGUUGGCCUCACAAGAAUUUGUGAGCAACUCAAGCUCUCCUAAUCCUGAGGUUCCAAGCCUUGAUACCCAGCCCCGUUGGCAUGCAGUCCGUAUGCGGGCCUCCUCUCCCUCACCUCCUGGUAGGCUCUUCCCUUUCUCUGGGCUGAGUAAUGAGGGCUCCUCCUCUUCCUCCUUCCCCUCCUCGGGGUCUCCUGGCCAGAGCUGCUGCUCCACCUCCACCUUCUCCUUCUCCUCCCUCUUCUCCUUCUCUUCCCCUUCUUCCCCCUCCUCUUCUUAUUCCUCUUCUUCCUCCUCCUGCUCCAAUGAUUUUUCUGACCAGUGUCCCUCUUCCCCAAAGUUUUGUGGCUUGGGCUCCAUCUCCACUCCUAGUCCUGCAAGCCUCAGGCGUGCCUUACUGCCAGAGUUUGAAGCCCUGAGCCCUCUCUCUUCAGGAGAGCAGGUUGAAAUAGGGAGCGUGCCUUCUCCCACUACACCCCCUGGGGUGUGAGCUACCAUGAGUAUAUUCCUAAAACCACAAAAGGAAUUAGCAUGCACCCACUGACCUGAAGGGAGUGCCUGCUCUGCAGUUUCCUUUGAGGUUUAUGAGUGUUCUAGCUAUUAACCAACAUUAUGAGAAAUUUUGUUGCUGUUUGCUGAGUAGUUUUGAAGCCUCUCCUUCCCAUAACUGCACUACCUAGCAUUUAUCUGCUUUUGGCCCUUGAUUUCAGGCCUGCUUUUUCCUCAUAAAGGCCUGCCUUUGCCCCUGAGUUGAGAUUGCCCUUUUCCAAGUUCCCUUUAUAGAAUGACAUUUUUGAAUGAAUACAAUAAAAAUGUUUGACUUCA